UUUUUUUUUCUUUUCUACAUUUUUUUUCUUGAAUUAUGACCUCUAUCAUUGGAUAUACUAGGACCUUUCAUCCCUCUUGUUCAAUAGCACCAGUACAAAGACAUUGCCCCAAUAGGCCUGCUUUGAACAGAACAGAUCAUACUGAUCAAGUAGUGACGCGAAAUGAAGAUAAUGCAGCCAAAAAGCCAAAUUAUCACCGCAUGUUUUCCAGAGAAUUGACUACGCCAAAUGGAAUGAUAGAACUCAUUAUUGACAAAAAACCCUUAUCUCUCCAAUCAAGCAAAAUCACUAUCAAUACGGCGAUGGCUGUACCAGAUAAGAAGAUACUAAACCAACAAGUUAAAAAUAAUAACAGCAUACCUCAAUAUAAAGAUUACAACACAUAUUUGGCCAUUGACCUAAGUGGAAAGCAUGACUAUGAUGAAAUUUCAUCAUCUACAACAAGCUUUGAUAGCAUACAAAGACUAAUGGAUUCUAUUUCAAAAAUGAAACACAAGAAAUCGAUCAAAUUCGUGAAUAUUAUAGAGUUGCUUAGACAACUGCAGCGUUAUCAACACGAAUAUCAGUUCAUGAGCUGCAUUGACAAACAAAACGAAAAAAUCUUAGUUUAUUUCCCUAAUAGUCUUUCAGUCAACAUACAUGGGACACGUACUUGGCUAAAGCAAGUCGUUGGAGUAGACUGCGAAGCAUAUGACUACUGGCAUUUGAUAUGCUCUAAUGAAGAAGAGGAAGAAGACGACGUGGAUGCAUUUGAUGGCAAGAAGUACUUUAAAGAGAUAAAUAUGUUUAUAGAUCAGGUGGAUGCUUUGAUGGAAUCAAAUGGUUUAUUCUCUCACAAACAAAAGAAUUAGUUACUUUUUUUUAAUGAUGCCACAAGACCUUGAUAAUAAACCUAAUGUAAAAUGAU